UCUGCUUCCCAGGCCUGACGACGGUCUUCUUGUCUCGAAUCUGCAGGUCCAUAUCAAACAACCGUGUCUCUUUACACCCAGGAAGGAUUUUUUUUCCCCGUGGCCUGGUGGGACCGGAGAGCAGAAGUGAGGGUUUAGAUUGGUGUGCUGAGUUUACGCCGGAACGGAGCCUCGAGUGACGUUUUUUUUCCUACUUUUCACAAGGAGCAAGAAAUCAUUUCGAACUAGAUCCUUAAAGAUGUCGUCAUCGCGCCGCGCAUGCUACAAAUGUGGCAAUAUUGGCCAUUAUGCCGAGGUUUGCUCGUCCGCGGAGCGACUUUGCUAUAACUGCAAACAACCCGGACAUGAGUCGAAUGGUUGCCCGCGACCUCGCACAACAGAGACGAAACAAUGUUAUCACUGCCAGGGUCUAGGGCAUGUGCAAGCUGACUGCCCCACUCUGCGCAUCAACGGAGGAGCCACGAGCGGCCGCUGCUACAACUGCAAUCUACCCGGCCACUUAGCACGAAACUGCCUGUCUGCUGGUAUGCAAGGUGCCAUGAGAGGUGCACCAGCUGUCCGCGGCGGCUUCAAUCCUCCCUUCCGUGGAGGAUUCGUGGGGUAUCCCAGAGCUGCUAUGUGCUACAAAUGUGGCGGCCCGAACCAUUUUGCAAGGGAUUGUCAGGCCCAAGCUAUGAAAUGCUACGCAUGUGGAAAAUUGGGUCAUAUCUCUCGUGAUUGCACUGCUCCUAACGGCGGACCGCUGAGUUCCGUAGGCAAAGUUUGCUACAAAUGCUCCCAGGCUGGCCAUAUCUCUCGUGAUUGCCCGAACAACGCCACUGAAGUCGUCGCUUCUACUCCCGCAGAACCUGCUGCCGAGGCUGGGGUAGCGGAUAACGUUGCUCCCGUUGCUCCCGCGCCUACAGCGGCGGUUGCUUAAAGUCGAUUUCUCUAAAACCCACCCGCAUCCAACGAAUCCAUUAGGCUCAUGUGACGGAACCCGUACCAACCACCACUAUUCCUCUCUUUGUGUUCCCUUUGUAUUUGGUCUAGCCGAUUCGGUCCCCUAUCGUUAAACUCGCUCCUGUUGUUUUUUUCAUUUCUUUUUUUUUUUUCCUGGAAAGAUUUUGCACAUAUUAUGUCUCCCGUGUCAGAUUCUCCAGACUGUGAAGUUGAGGUCUUUUAUAUAUACUAUAUGCCAAGAAAAGAAGGUUUUCACGACAAAAAACCAAGGGAAUUUCUACGAUCUGGAAUCCGGCAGCGGGCUUUAUAUGAUAAACCCUCAUGAAACGGCGUCAAUUGGCUAACAAGGUUGGGGGACAAAAAUUAGGGGGGAUGUUGGGGAAGAGAAAUUUUCAAUCUACUUUCUCUCCUCCCCCCGGGAAAUUAUUGGAAGGAAUUCAAAAAAUUAUUUCAGCAAGGCUAAUGAAAUGAUGGACGAGAAAAAAAAAUGUGGGACUUGGGUCUGUUUAAUUAUUUUCUAUCAAGAUUGUUUUGUGGGUUGUGGAUUUAUAUAAAUUGUCGGUAAACGGGAACCACCAACUCGCUUUUUUUGCGGUUUUUUUUUUUUUUUUUUUUUUUU